GCGCAGCGCCGCGGGCUGUGCGCGGCGCGUGUUCGGCCUCUCUUCGCUCCGCGGGGCCGUAGGCUUCCGAGCUCUCCGGCGGGGGAGCGCAGAGUUCGGGCCCCCCCCGGGUGGGAACUGAAGUGACGCCCCCAAGGGAGCUCCCGGUCCGGGCGCUUGUUCGGCGGGACCGGGACUGAGGCGCGCACGUGGGAGCGCCGCUGAGGGAGCGGCCGGCGGCCCGGAGCGCGCGGGUGCCCCGGGAUGCUGCGGCGCCCGGCCCGCGCCCGAGUCGGCCGCCGCCUGCCCCGGCCCGCCUCGCCUCGGCUCCGGGAAGGGCAGCGUCGCUGCCGCUGAGUCUCCCCGAGGGCAUGCCGGCGGGCCUCACGGAGCCGGCCGGCGCCGCUGCUGCUCCCGCGGUGGCCGGCGCCUCGGGGGCCGUGAGUAUGGCCCCCGCCGCCGCGCUGCCCGUGCGGGUGGAGAGCACCUCGGGGGCCCUGGGCCCCGUGACGAAGGCCCCCGGCGGGGUCUGCGCGGAGUCUGCGGCGCCCCGGCCCUUGCCGUCCCCAGUUGGUACCCUAGUGACCAAAGUGGUGCCUGUCACUGCCCUGCCGAAACUCGGCGGCCCCCGGCUGCCCGCUCCGCAGAUAGUCGCCGUGAAAGCCCCUGGCACCACGACCAUCCAGCUGCCUGCUAACCUGCAGCUUCCUCCAGGAACAGUUUUGAUCAAAAGUAACAGUGGUCAGUUGAUGCUGGUGUCUCCUCAGCAAGCUGUAGCAGGAGCUAAGACCUCAAGUAACAUAACUCCAAGGCCUGCAGUACCGGCAAACACUCAGACAGUCAAGAUCUGUACAGUGCCGAAUUCUAGCUCACAAUUAAUGAAGAAAGUAACAGUGGCACCUGUUAAAAAUUUGGCACAGAUAGGAACUAGUGUGUCAACUACUGCCUCCAGUGCUUCCUCAGGACAAUGUGUGGCUGUACCAAGCAAUGUUGUCACGGUUACUCCUGCCAAGCCGGUAAAUGCUGUAUCUGUCCUGAAGCCAUCAAGUUUGGGAAUAUUAUCAACUCCCUUAAAUGACUCCAAUCUCAAAGCAGAGACCCCAGUAGCUGCACAGACUAGUCUUUCUCCGGCAGUGCUAGAAAAUGUGAGAAAAUGUAAAAACUUCCUUUCAAUGUUAAUAAAACUAGCAUGUAGUGGAUCACAGUCUCCAGAAAUGGGGAAGAAUGUGAAGAAGCUGGUGGAACAACUUUUGGAUGCAGAAAUUGAAGCAGAAGAAUUUACUAGGAAAUUAUAUAUUGAACUCAAGUCUGCACCUCAGCCGCACCUUGUCCCUUUUCUUAAGAAGAGUGUGGCUGCCUUAAGACAACUUCUUCCUAACUCCCAGAGCUUCAUUGAGAACUGUGUUCAGGAAAUUUCUGGUGAGGUAGUCAUUGCCUCCUGUACCACGACAACGACAACUUCUCCUGUGGUGACAAGUACAGUUUCCCCAGUCCUUGUCUCUGGAGCAACAGCACCCAGAACUCUGUCUGUUCAACAGACUCUGAGUCCACUUGCUGUUCGAGGAGGAGCAAACACUGGAGUUGUGACACUACAUUCUGUGGCCCCAGCCGCUGCAACAGGAGAUACAACAGCUCCAACUGUUUUGCUUCAGACUUCAAAACCACUUACAACAUCAGUACCAAAUACAGUCACAGGAGUCUCCCUUCAGCCUGAGAAGCCAGUUGUGACUGGGGCAGCAGUAACACUGACCCUUCCACCAGUAACUUUUGGAGAAGCAUCAGCUGCACCUCUUUGUCUUCCGUCUGUGAAACCUGCCAAUACCUCUGCUGGGAUCAAACCUGUUAAACCCGUCAUUGGCACUCCAGUCCAGAUCAAACUUGCACAGCCAAGUUCUCUCCUUCCACAAUCAGCUGGCAUUCCACAGGCAGUCAAAGUCAAGCCACUAGUAGUCCAGCAGUCUUCUGGAGGCAUUGCUAAUCAAGUGACCACCAUUUCCCAUUCCUCACCAUUGACCACUCAGAAAUGUGGGCAGAAGAUGACAGUAAGCUCUGUAAUGCCUGCUACAUCCAUCAUAAAACAAAUUACUCUACCUGGAAAUAAAAUUCUGUCUCUCCAACCUCAAACAUCUUCUCUUCAGAACAAUAGAAUAAAAGAGAAUGGAACAACAUGUUUCAGAGGUGAAGAUGACAUCAAUGAUGUGACUUGCAUGGCAGGAGUCAACCUGGAUGAAGAAAAUGCCUGUAUCUUAGCAACACAUUCUGACUUUGUUGGCACACUCAUUCAGUCAUGUAAAGAAGAACCAUUUCUUUUCAUUGGAGCUCUGCAAAAGAAAAUUUUAGACAUUGGUAAAAAGCAUGACAUUACGGAACUUAACUCUGAUGCUGUGAUCUUGAUCUCCCAUGCAACACAGGAGAGAUUACGAGGCCUUCUAGAGAAACUGACUACAAUUGCUCAGCAUCGAAUGACUAUUUAUAAGGGAAGUGAAAAUUACGUCUUGUCCACUGACACCAGAUCACAGCUCAAAUUUCUCGAAAAGCUAGAUCAAUUGGAGAAACAGAGGAAGGAUUUAGAAGAAAGAGAAAUGUUACUAAAGGCAGCCAAGAGCCGCUCCAAUAAAGAAGAUCCAGAACAGCUGAGAUUAAAACAGAAAGCCAAAGAGUUGCAGCAGUUGGAGCUUGCCCAGAUCCAAUACAGAGAUGCUAAUCUCACAGCUCUUGCAGCUAUUGGACCACGGAAGAAGAGACCACUAGAAUCAGGAAAUGAGGGCUUCAAAGAUAACCCUUCUGCUUCUGGGACUUCCAGUCUAACAGCCACUAAACCGUUGCUGCGUCCAAGAAUCACGAGAAUAUGCCUCAGGGACUUGAUAUUCUGUAUGGAACAUGAAAGAGAAAUGAAGUAUUCUCGAACCCUGUACCUUGCCCUUCUUAAGUGAUCACUCCAUCCAUCCAGACUCUCACUGUUUACUGCCAAAGAAGAUAUAGAGAGCACUGUUGCACUGUCCUGAAAUGUACUCAGAAAAAUAGUCACCAGUAUGGAAGACCACUGUUUACAUUGACAAGCUUUUAGUACACCUUGUCUGUAUGUCUUGUGGGUUCUUGCAGCUAAAAAUUCAGAUGCUUUCUGAAAGUCAGUACCAAGUAUACUUUAUGCAAAAGUAUCACUUACCUACCUGCAUUUAAUUACAAUAGCUCCCUUAUACCACCUUAAUUUUUGUUGUUGUUUGUUCCACACAGUAGCAAUGAGGUGCCUUCCUCUAAUACAGGCUGCAUCAAGAUGUAGGAGAAAGGAAGAGUCAGAAUGUAUCUUAUACUGAACCUGUCUCCUAGUGUUAGGUACUAUGGUCUACAAUUAGAAGCUACUUAGCUAACUGUGACAAUUACCUUCUGUAGUUGAAGUGUGAAAAGCCACAUAGUUGGGGCAGAAUCACCUUGUGCAGUUGAGCCAUAAUUACAGAGCUGAUGGAGACCAUUUGUACCUGAAGUUACUGACUCUCUGGCUCCCCACACUACAGUGUUAGUGAUACCUAGUGAAGGCUAUCCUUGUCAGCCAAUUUAAAACUGAUAUACCUCACUGAAAAGUUGAAAAUCAAAAAAGUACUGGAAGGAAUAUGGGCCUUGCAUUCGAAUUAACAAGGGAAAAAUGAAAAUGGCAUCAUGAAACAGUUGUGAGCACCAUGUACCCAAGGAGGGUUGGCUGCACUUGGAAUGCCAAAGCUGGUCCUUGUUUUGUUGACGGGAAAACAAACAAACAAAAAUCAUAGAUCAACCAAAGAGGAAAAACCUGGCAAAUAUUUAGUUACAGUAUUUCAAAAGGAUGGUUUGUUUUAUUAUUUUAAUUCCCAAGAAGAAGUAGUUUUUUGUCUUACAAAGAUUUUCCUAGUUCCUGUAAGUUUUAAGCAUCUAGUGCUUUUCAGAUUUCUAACUGCUGGUAAAAACAUUUCAACAGUAGGGCUCCCUCUGGAUUGUGUACUUAAGAGAUGCAGCCAGUGUCUUGCUCUUGGAGUGUGGUUCUAAAUGUGAGCAACACAUUAUGUACCUCUCUCUAAGGAGGAAGUUGAUAUUCAACGCACCCCCCCCCUUUAAAUUUACCGGUGUAGAUUAUAGCUGAUAAAAAAAAGAAUAGUAAUAUUGAAAUCACAUACCAAAAGAAUGCCAAACCCUCCAGAGAAACUCUUUCAGUAUGUCACUCUUCAUUCGGUUCUUCUCACAGGGACUGUUAUACAGCCAUAUUGUAUACUGUUGUAAGAGUUUAGUUUGCCACAAUUUUUUGCUUUAGCAAGUUAUGUAAAAUGUAAAUCAUGUAUAUGUUUUAAAAAGCACCUUCAUGAGAAAUCUAUAUCCAAAGUUUUGUAUAUUUAAAUGCUUAGCUUUAUUUUUUGUAAAGUGCCGUGUACUCUCACAUUUGUGUAAUCUUAUUGAUCAGAUGUUUAAAAUUAUUUCAAAUACACCAUUAAAACAAUUAUUUUAUGAUUAAAAACAAACAAACAAAACUUUGCUCAGUCAGCAAUUUUCAUUAGUAGCCAGCUUCUUGGAGGACUCAGAUCUGCCUGGUAGUGAGUCUCUCUCUCUCUCUCUUUUUUUUUUUUGUGAGUCUCAAUUAUUUAUCUUGCCCUGUGGAUAUUUGGGUUCUGGAAUCUCACUUAGAUCUAAGUUACUAUAUCACUUCCUUUGAAAUAGUUGUAAAUUUGCCCGCUAUUUGAAUCACAAAGAAAGCUAAUAGUCAUUAUGAAAGCUUUUCUUGGCCCAAUGAGUUUUUUCUUACCAAGAUAUUCUUUUUCAAAAAUCUUAAUAUAAAAUGUUUUUUUUUUUGUUGUUGUUGUUGUUGUUGUUUUUGUGGUAUUCACAUGUGUGGUGUGUGUGUGGAUGUCUUCCUCUCUUAACCUCUUCAUUUUAUGUUUGAAAACAUGGUCUCACAUGGGCACUGGGGAUCCAAACUUGGGUCCUUAUGGUCACACAGCUGGCACUUUACCUACUGAGCCCGUUCCCAAGCCCCUUAAUGUAUAUAUUUGAAUCCUGUGUUUUGGUGUGUGUCUUUUACAGAGAAAAACAAAUGUGUGUAUCCAAAAUACCACAGUUGGCAAAAUGGAGGCUUUGGGGUAGAUUUGCUCUCCAAAUGCAUUGUCUUUAACACACAAUAUUAGCAAGCCUUGGAUUUUUUUUUUUUAAUGUGAGUGCUAUAGAUCAAACUCAGGUUUUCAUAUUUGUACAGCAAGUACUCUUACCUGCUGUCUUAUACCCUAACUCCAGUAGUCUUAUUUUCAAAAGAAACAUUGAAAAUGUUAUUUUUAUAUUUUGUGUGUGUGUGUGUGUGUGUAGGAAUGCACAUGGGGAGGUCAGAGGACAACUUGCAGGAGUUGGUCUCUUUAUUAUGUGUAAGUAGAGAUCAGUUCAGAUCAUCAGGCUUGGCAGCAAGUGUCCUUAACCUGAGGAACCAUUUCACUGACCUCUAAAAUUAUAUAUGACGUGUUUUGUUUUAUUAGAAAUUUGUUGAAAAUUUUAUUUAGAAUUAAGACUUUAUGCUAGUAAUGUCAUGAUUCUGACAGAAAACACAGCAAUGUUAAGGUACAAUAUUUAGGAAAGUAAGAAGACCAAGGCACAUGCUGACUUUCACUUUGUUGUAGAAUUAAUCAGUUGCGUAUGUAUACAAAUUUGUCCUCAAAAGUUCCAGUUAUAGUUUGCAAGGAAUAGGUACAUUGUCUGAAUAUAACCUAGUAGACAGUUUUCACUUUGUGCUAUUCUUCUUGUGAUACUCUAUCUCAGCUGUUAAGCUCUAGAAGAGGCUUCUGGGAAUGCCGUUGAGGGAUUAUCUUGAUUAGAUAUAUUGCAGGACACACAGCUUGUCUCAUUCCAGGGUGAUUCCACUCUACAGCAAGUCCUUGGUGGUCAUCCACUGGAAUUGGCAUCUCCAGAAUGUUGGAUUCUCUGCAACUGGGCUGUACCUUUGCCACUAGCCUUUCCUGGUCUCUCUUUAAUAAGACUCUAACCCUGCCACAUGGUGCCAAGCCUCAGUUUCUCUCUAUGAACCUUUCUAUCCUGGAUCUUGUACUGCAACUAGGUCUGUACCUUCACCAAUGGCCUCUCCUCAGGGACUGCAGCACUACCGCACAGCACCAAGGCUCAGCUGCUCUCCAUGAACCCUUAACACCGUCAAAACCACUACCACCUGGGUGAUUCUUACAACUACCAGCACAGGAUACAUCCCUGGAUGUCUCGGGAGCACAGCUUCUGUGUGCUGACCCUGAGGAAACACUUCCCAGAAGAUUUCACCUCAGUUAUGCCAUUCUAUUCUUAAUCAACACUAAUAUCUCAGCUGCAGUUGACCAUUGCCAAUCGUCACAGCAAAACAGGUUUUACUGUAGGAGCUUUGGUCUCCUGUUAAUCACAGCCAAUUCUGCUGGCUAAAUCUGUGAACUUGACAUGAACUAGAAUCCUUUUAGAAGAAGGAACCCUGUUUCAGAAAAAUGCUCCUAGCAGGGUCGCCUGUGCGUGAGUUUGUGGUGCACAUUGAUGUUUAAUGUGGAACUGUUCAGCACCCUGGGUGGUGCCACCUCUGGGCUGGUAGCCCUGAGUACUAUAUGAAAGCAUGCUGAACAAAGUCAGUAAACAACACUCCUCCAUUGCCUCUGCUUCCGCUUCCAGAUUCCUGUCCUGUUCCUGCCUUUACUUCCCUUACUGAUGGACUGUAAUGUGGAACUGUAAACUGAAGUACACCCUUUCUUCCCCAAAUUGCUUUUGCUCAUGGUGUUUUAUCACAGUAAUAAAAAGCCUGUGACACUCA